UGGUGUGGGUCGAAACUGGGGCUGGGCUUCUGCCGGCAGCAGCAUCCUUGCCGAGUUCGGUACUCUGCACAUGGAGUUUGUCCACCUCAGCUAUUUGACAGGUGACCCUGUAUACUACAACAAGGUCAUGCACAUUCGGAAGUUACUUCAAAAAAUGGAUCGUCCUAAUGGACUUUAUCCAAAUUAUUUGAAUCCAAGAACAGGCCGGUGGGGUCAGCAUCACACAUCCGUGGGCGGGCUGGGAGACAGUUUUUAUGAAUAUUUAUUGAAAGCCUGGCUUAUGUCAGACAAGAUGGACACAGAGGCAAGGAAAAUGUACGACGAUGCAAUUGAGGCCAUAGAAAAACAUCUCAUCAGAAAGUCCAAUGGAGGACUGACCUUCAUUGGGGAGUGGAAGAAUGGGCACCUUGAAAGAAAGAUGGGCCAUUUGACCUGUUUUGCAGGGGGAAUGUUUGCCCUUGGAGCAGAUGGUUCCAGAGAUGAUAAAGCUGGACAUUAUUUGCAGCUUGGAGCUGAAAUUGCACAUACAUGUCAUGAGUCGUAUGACAGGACAA